AUGGAAGAUGACAGUGAACCCGAGCAAAGCUCCUGGGCCUAUCUACCUGAUGUCUGUCUGAGGCUUGUCUUCCAUUGGUUAGAUGACAGGGACAGAUCUCGGGCUGCCUUGGUCUGUAAAAAAUGGAGUUGCACCAUGCACUCUGGAUCUCUCUGGAGAUGCAGAACCAUCACCUUCUAUGGCCAACCAUCAAGGGCACACACAUUGGAGUUUCAAAGUGCACUGUGGUAUACCAAGAAAUUUGGCAAGUAUUUGAAGCACCUUGAGAUCAAGUUAUCGAAUCCUUACAAUACUCCCUUUAUCAAAAAAUUUCAAGUGAUUAUGAGAGGUCUUCUUUCACAUCUGGGUAAGUGUAAUAGUCACCUAGUAUCUCUAAGCAUCAAGUACCUAGAAUUAGACUGCUUGAUCUGGAAAAAUGUGGUUAGGGCUCAGUUUAUCAAGAAUUUAGCUACCUUCCUGAAAAGAAUGAGCAAUCAACUUGAUUAUCUUAACUUAAAAGGAGCAAGAAUAACUUUGGAAGAAGGCUGUGAGCUUCUGAAUUCUCUAAGCAGUUUGACAAAUAGAAGCUUCAUAUCUGAAAUCAAUAUUGAGGAUUUCUUCAGUCUCCACCUUUCUGUCUACAGCAGUACCUUGUUCCACCAAACUAUGUCUAAGUUCCACAGGCUGACCAUCCUGACUUUCAAUUAUAACUGCAUCUCUGAUGAACUGCUAGACAUCCUGCGGGAGCGCAGCUCUCAUUCCCUGUGCACCUUGAAUAUCAAGUGUCAUAUCCAUGACCCUCAUGGGCAAGUGGUCUCAGGAAUGUCAUGGGCAAACUUGGCCAAGAGAGCCCCAAAACUGAAUGUGAAUUUCUUCUUUGAAAGAGUCAUGAAGCAUGAUCACCUAGCUAGGAUUCUGCUAGAGGAGAUCCCAGUUAGGAGCAUCAGCCUACGGAGCUGUUAUUUUAGUGACCCAGACUGGACAAUGAGACCUACCCUCACCAACCUUCUCCCAGCUUACUGGCAUGGUCUGCAGAAAUUAACACUUGAAUUAAACAAUGACCAUGAGUUGCUGGACAAUGAGCUGCUACAGCUUAUCUUAUCAUGCAAGAGGUUGUUAUUUCUGAAAGUCUGGGCAUUUCUAAGUGUCAGCUUUAUGGAGAGACUGCUACAAAACCGUGCAGAAAGGAAAUGCAUUUUGACUACCAUAAAGGUCAGGAUUUACACAGCCCAAGACGACAGCACUGAGGAGGAGCGGCUGCUGGCUGAUAUUUACAGGAAAUUCAAGUACCUGAUUGACUCAGAACUUAAUUAUUUUGUCAUCACCUACCCAGUGGUGUAA